CAACUGUGCCAAAAAAUACCAGGUGGGACAAUUAACAAAAAGAGGAAGUAAUAUUAAAAAUCUUCAAGGCCUUAAAUAAAUAUAAGAAUGUUUGAUUAAAUAUUAAUAUGGAAGUCUAUUGCACUGGGAUUAAUGGCCGCAUUUCACGAGGUACUUUUCGCUACAUUUUACCGCCUACACAACCGCUUGCAUACCUCUGUAUGUGGAUCGGUGGGCGCCCACGCCCUCAACACACCUCAACGCCUACAUGUACAACUUGUUCAAUAUCAACGACAUAGAAAAUCCCCAUUCAAUAUGGCUGUCUGGCAUAUUUAUGCUCGGUAUUCAAGCCAUGGAAUAUUUUUGAAUUUUGAACGCUUGCGCCGAUGUAAAGAAUUGUCUGGGAUUAAAUGGAUCCAGCAAUACAAGCCUACGGACAGAGUAUCGCCCAGGGGAAAUGUGCGCUAACUGCUGAAGACUCGUGUACUAUUGUUUUAGGAGAGGAUGAUUCGCUUACAUCAUUACAGAUUUCAUCAAGUUCUUCAUCACAGUUGAUAGAAAAUCAAAAUGUCCUGGAAGAUUUCAAAAUACUUCCAACACAAACCGAAGCUUAUAUGUCAUCAUUGGAGAUCUCCUCCCUGAGUAAUGUUGAGAUCAAUCAAAACAAUGAAGAAUGUGUUAAGACUAACUUUACACCAGGGCCAGAGGUCUUGUCUUCUGAAGUUUCGGGACUCACGUCCAGUAAUGUGGCCACUGAGGCUGAGCAGAAAAUGAAUAAAGAAAUUGGUGAUAAAAAUUGUGAGGAAAUACCGGCUAAAGCCGCCGUAUCUGGAUCUGCUGAUGGAAGGCAAUCAAGCAAAACUAUUCCUAAAGUUCAUAAUUCAUAUCAAGAGUUCAAUGCAUUCCAUGGCAAUGUUUGUCUAGGUCUUGGAAAUCAAGAGAACCAACAUGAACGUCAGCCAUUCAAAAAAUGUACUUGUUGUUUAACACAGUCUCACCAGAACCAUUUGUCUAAUAAAUGUGGAUUUGAUGAGAGUAAAGGUAUUGGUGAUUUUUCAAACAAUUGUGACAGCAUUCUUCCCACAGUAUUAUAUGAUUUGGGGGUUACUGGUAAAUCUCAUUCCUUUACUGGUAAGGGAAAAGAACUAAAAGGAACAAAACUAGCACCAAAUAUUUUGCACACUCCUCAAGAAUUGAGACAAUACACACCACCUCGUCCUACUUUUCAAAAAACAAUUGUCUUUGAAGAAAUCUUGGAUCAACUUGAACAUGGACAUAAAAUUAUACAUCUUCAUGGUAUGUCUGGAACAGGAAAAUCUCAGAUUGUUCGUGGAAUUUGUAAAGUACUUGAUGAGAGUAAUAGAUCUUAUUUGUUAUGGCAUAUGCAGUGCCAAGAUGGAAGUAAUUUGCUCAAACUGGGUCUUGAAAGACUCAUAGAUAAGCUUGAUGAUUGUAGUAUAAUAGAUGUAAUUCUUAGAAGAACAUUACUUGAAGAACUGCAGAACAAUCGCACAAAGACUCUUGUAAAUAAACUAACCACGUUACACGUGAAAAUACUACUUGUCAUAGAGGAUAUUACUGAGGAUGAAAAAGUGCUGGCUCGCAGUUUAGUCCAGAGUUUAAGUACUCAAGCCACUCAAUCCUUGCAAAUACUCAUUGCAUCUCCGAGAAAAGAUGUUUUAUACACUGAAGAGGAUAUUGAUGCUAUGAAUUACUACUACACAAAAAGAGUAAAUGGAUUUAUAAAGCCAGAAGCAGUAGCUUUCCUCACGACUGGGAACAUAAACAGAAAGGGAGCUGAGCAGUUAGCAGAGGCACUCGCCUAUUCUCCACUCAGACUUACUCUUGCUAAAAACUACUGUCGUAAAUAUAGGGAAUCGUAUCAGUCUUAUUUUGAUGGCCUUGGGAAGGAUGAAACAGUAAUUGAAAAAGAGAAGGAAAUUCUGAACCUUCAUCCAGAUUUAGCAAAAUGCCAUGGAUAUGAGGUCAUUAUGAAAGCAUUAAGACCAAGGAGUAAAGUUGAAAAAGAAGAUUUGCAAUUUUUGGUAAUAGAAAUGAUGUCAUUCUUGAAUAAUGAAAACAUUUCUGAUUAUUUACUUGGCAAGUUUUUCAACAAGUCCAACCAAUGGUCUUUCGUGAAGAACAGAGGAUGGUUCAAUGUCUAAGCUAGACUUGAAGAUGACUGUGAUAUGGAUGUGCAUAGUUUUUCAGAUAAAAUUGAUUACGGUGAACAACUUAUUUCUACCCAUAAAGACAUACUGCUUGCAAUACAUCUUUACAUACCCAAUGAGAAAAAGCAACGAAUUCUUAUGGAUGUUCUACAAUCUAUUGCGAGUCUCAUUAAAAAAGAAAAUCGAUAUCGCACUGAUAGUAACUUGCUUUUUAGCUUGCAAAAUCAUAUGGAUAGUGUUGUUUCCCAUGCUAAAAAAUUACUAAAAGGUGAUUUUCUUGGAAAAUCUAUGAAACAGAAUGAUUUUGACAUCCAGCUUGGACUUGCUAGAAUGUAUGAAGUGCUUGGUUUUGUUGUUCAGAGACAUUUAAACACAAAAGAUAUAGACCUGGAAAAAGCAACUAAUUAUCUAUCAAAUGUCAUCUGUGCUUUCAAUACCAAAAAAGACAAAAGAGAAACUUUAUUCAAGUAUACUCCAAAAAAGGAUCCUGCAGUUACCGCAAAAAAGAUUUAUAAAAUAAUAAAAGAAGCAAAUAAAAAAAUACCUGAUGUAUUUAUAUUACAAAAUUGGGCGAAACUUUUUCCUAUCACAGAAAACCAUUUGAAAGUGAUGGCGGAAAGCGCUGGAAAUGAGUCUAAAUUGGAUUGGGAAGACAUGGUUACUGCAUUAAGACUUGAUGGGCAUUUGAACAGUGACCAUAUUCGUCAAUUGGAACGAGAGAAAAUGCUGCUAAAUCCAAAGCAAAUCAAAAGUGUCUAUAUCUGUGAAAGGUUGAUGUCUGUGCUUCAUACACGUAGUCGACAAGUGUUGUAUUUACAGAACUCUAUUUCGAAAGAAGAGCAAAAUCGUUAUGAGUGGUAUUCUGACGUUGGUUUAUAUCUUAGCGAGAAUCUAUUUUGUGACACUGGUAUAUCUUCCUUGUUUAGAUAUCUUCUGAAAGCAAACAGUAAACUACCUAGAAUGCUUAACAAUUGCUUGAAUGAAGAUGAUGCAUCAUUCAUUGCAAGGAUUGAAGCUGCCAGAAAGUAUGCACAAAGUUUGACUGAUGGUAAAGAACGUUUCUAUGAACAUGGUCUGUACAAGAGAGUGUAUGGAACGGCAUAUUCCAAUAUGAAUUUGCUACGAUUCCUAGUCAAAGCAAACACCAAGUUACACAAAAGGCGUCAUAUUGCAAGUGUAAAAGAAGUCACUAAUCAGAUGCUAGAAUGUGACCGAUUUUUUAACUUAGCCAAACAGAAUGUUCAAUAUUUUGUUGUUGCUUCAAAUUGCAUAGUUCAAGCAGGGAAAUAUUAUGCAGCUGUUGGAAAAUAUGAAACUGCACUGGAAGCUUUUGAAUGUGCUUUUGAUCACCAUGGUUAUGGUAUUGAAUAUCAAUGUGAUAAAUAUCCAAAUGCAUAUGCCUGGGCUUUACACAAUGUUGGGAUGACUUUGUUCAAAAGUGAAAAAGAACUUGCCAAUUAUAUCAGUCAUAAAGAAAAGUUUUUUUUAAGAUACCAAACUGCUGUGAAAUGUAAUAUCUGUAAGGAAUGGAGAAGGGAUUUGCUAAUUAUGAAAAAACUUGUCGAAUCAUUGCAUUGAUCAUACAUGACUAUUACCAUUUUUCAUAUUUAUACACAAAUACACAACAGUUGCCUUGUGUCUUGUCUUUUUUUUGUCUUUUUUUUCGACAUAAGUGAACAACUUGCACCCAAUUCCUAUUGAAAUGAAUAACCAACAGUCUUUCUGUUCCAAAUACUUUGUGUAAUUGAAGAUAUUUUCUUAUCAGAUAUGUAAUUUAAUCUCUCAUAAAGCUAUAUACAAAUUGACCAGAAAUGAUACAAUUUACAUGCCAAUUUGCCUAUCUACUUUCUUCAUUUACAUUUUAUUACAAUACUUCAAAUUUUAAGUACAUAUAUUGACUCAUUAUUGUGUGAACUCAUUGAAGAUGUGUGCUUAGUGUAUGAAAUACACAUUUAGGAUAUUUACUGAUCUUUUCUUAAUGUACUGUUCUCAAGUUUUCAGCUUUUUAGUUUGUAAUACUGUAAAAUUUAUACGUACUGUGAAACCAAUUGAUCUUGUAUAAAAAUAAGUUUCUAAUCGCUUGAUUAUAGGUGCAAGAUUUCAUACUAUAUAUAUAUAUUGCCUCGGUAUAAAGACAUGCCAUUUAUUGCUUUUAUGAUUCACAUUGCCUUCGAUUAUCCAUUGAAAUUUUAUGUCCCAAUAUUUCACGUUUGUUACUCUUUUUUUUAAUCGAAUCCAAGCCUUUUUUAAAAAAUGCAUUUUUGCUCAAUUUUUUGAUUAUGACCUUUUUUUCUAAACAUGAUUUACAUACAGAUCACGA